CUCUCUCUCUCUCUCUCUCUCUCUCUCAGAUUGAUGAUGCUUGCUACAUUCCAGCUGUGGUGGUGUGCUUUACUGUAUUUGUUAGAGAGGUCAAACGCAUGGUGACAAACCACAUGAAGAGUCAGCUCAGUUCAACCCUUAUUCACAUCUCUCUCUCUCGAAAACUUCUCGGCAUUUGAAACCAGUAUUCCUAUAUGUCUAAAUGAACAGUUCUUUUUGUCGAUUUUGCAAACUCUUCGUUUCUGGGUCCAUUUCAAACCAAUGAACACAGCGUUGUAAAUCCUGAAAAGGAACUUCAAAAUGGGUAGAGCUCCAAUCAAUGCUUUUUCUCAUCUUCAGUUACCAUCUCUCGAGUUGGGUUUGUGUAUCUGACCCUAAUUACAAGCCAUGGAGUUCAAGAAAGAGAAGCUAGUGAGGUUUUACAAUGACGAAAAGCAAAAUCUUGAGCAUUCCUGGGAAACAAACAAUAGCCAAAACCUCGAAAAACCCUCAACUCUGUACAAAGUUUCAGCGCCUUUGUUGAAGCCCGAAGGUGGAAUCGGUGAGAAAGCUAGAAUUAAUGGGAAUCUGAAAUUCGAGGGUGGGUUCAAGAUUUUCCCGGAAAAUCAUGAACCGUGGAGGAAAAGGAUUCUUGAUCCGGGGAGUGAAAUUGUCUUGCAAUGGAACAGGAUUUUCAUGUUUUCUUGUAUGGUGGCACUUUUUGUUGAUCCAUUGUUUUUCUAUCUUCCUUCAGCUGUGAAUGAUGGCAAUUCAUCUUGUAUGAGCACUGAUCUGAAUCUUGGAAUUAUUGUGACUUGUUUUCGGACAAUUGCCGAUAUAUUCUAUAUGUUACAUGUAAUUAUAAAGUUUAGGACUGCUUAUGUAUCUCCAAGCUCAAGGGUGUUUGGCAGAGGUGAACUUGUCAUGGAUCCUAAGAUGAUUGCGAGGCGGUAUUUGAAAUCCGAUUUCUUCAUUGAUGUGAUUGCCACACUGCCUCUUCCUCAGAUUGUCAUAUGGUUCAUUAUACCUGCAAUUAGAAGUUCCCAUGCCGAUCACACGAACAAUGCCCUUGUACUGAUUGUUCUCCUCCAGUAUAUUCCUCGAUUCUACCUAAUUUUCCCAUUAAGUUCUGAAAUCAUUAAAGCUACAGGAUUAGUUGCGAAGACAGCUUGGUCAGGUGCUGCAUACAAUCUCCUUCUUUAUAUGUUAGCUAGUCAUAUCUUAGGGGCAUCUUGGUAUUUGUUGUCAAUUGAACGGUAUGCAACAUGCUGGAAAUCAGCCUGCAGACAUGAAUUCAGCCCUCUGAGAUGUUCUCUCCGUUUUCUGGAUUGUGGUACUUUGGACGAUGAGGAUCGUAUAAAAUGGGCAAAUCGUACUGCAGUGUUCAGUAAUUGUGAUCCUGCUAACACAAUCACUUUCAAUUAUGGUAUAUUUCAAAAUGCAGUCUCAAACAACAUCGUCUCCUCAGAAUUCCUUGAGAAGUACUUAUAUUGUUUGUGGUGGGGGUUACAGAAUUUAAGUUCAUACGGCCAGAACUUGUCUACAAGCACAUUUAUUGGGGAAACUUCAUUUGCGAUACUCAUCGCCAUCGUGGGUUUGGUUUUGUUUGCCCAUUUGAUUGGAAACAUGCAGACCUACUUGCAAUCUAUAACUGUGAGGCUUGAAGAGUGGAGACUCAAGAGACGAGACACUGAGGAGUGGAUGAAACAUCGGCAGCUCCCUCAUGAUUUGCAAGUUCGUGUGCGGCGUUUCGUUCAAUACAAGUGGCUUGCAACACGUGGAGUCGAUGAAGAAUCAAUAUUGCGUGCCUUACCUGUAGAUCUCCGUCGAGACAUCCAAUGCCACCUUUGUUUGGACCUUGUUCGACGUGUCCCCUUUUUCUCACAGAUGGACGAUCAAUUGCUUGAUGCCAUAUGCGAGCGCCUAGUAUCAUCGUUAAGUACACAAGGCACAUACAUAGUUCGUGAGGGCGAUCCCAUCACAGAGAUGCUUUUUAUCAUCAGAGGGAGACUUGAGAGCUCCACCACAAAUGGAGGGCGCACGGGUUUCUUCAAUUCAAUUACAUUAAGACCGGGUGAUUUCUGUGGGGAGGAACUACUUGCGUGGGCGUUGCUUCCAAAAUCAACUGUCAACUUGCCUUCUUCCACUAGAACCGUGAAAGCUCUUGUCGAAGUAGAAGCUUUCGCGUUGCGAGCAGAAGAUCUCAGGUUUGUGGCAAAUCAGUUUAGACGGCUUCACAGCAAAAAGCUACAACACACAUUCCGAUUCUACUCUUACCACUGGAGGACAUGGGCAGCGUGCUUCAUUCAGGCUGCUUGGCACCGAUACAAGAGGAGAGUGAUGGCAAAGAACCUUAGCAUGAGCGAGUCGUUCUUUGUUCGUGACGACCGACUGGUUGAUGAAAAUGAACAAGAUGAGGAAAAGGACAAUACUCCGUCUGCAAAUUCUUCUCAGGCAAAACAGAACUUGGGUGUGAUGAUACUUGCGUCAAGAUUCGCUGCCAACACAAGGAGAGGAGCUCAGAAGAUCAAGGAUGUCGAGUUACCAAAGUUGCAGAAGCCAGAAGAGCCAGACUUCUCAGCUGAACCAGACGAUGACUAGGCCAACUCUGCUAGAUCAUUUGACAACCACGACUCGCGUUGCCAAGAAUGAUUACCGUUACAGAAGAAGUUCAGAGAAACUCCAAAAGGCAUCGAAUAAUUUUCCAUAGAAGAAAACAUUCAUCAGGCUUGGGUAUGUAUGAUUGCUUUGAUUGUAUUGUUGUGCAAAACCAUGUAGGGGGAAGUGGCUUUCUGAUUUGGAUGUUCAUUAGAUUGUGUACUGUUUCGUUUGGCAUGCCCUCUUGGGGCUAAAAUAACUAUAUAAGGCAAAAUAGAUUAUUUUAGUCAAA